AUGACAGAUACCCAAGUACGAAAACAAGUGAGUGCUACGCAUAUUGAUCAGCAGCUGCGAACUUCUAGUAGUCCAUCGUUUGGCAAUGACGAGAUGCACUUGGACAACAACGGCGAGGUCUUGAAGACUACUACAAACUCUGCUCGAUCCGAAAAGACUCUGUCUAUCGAGGAAGACGAAGCCCAAGUGGCGCAAUCCAAGAGCUCGUUGCCACUGGACAAGAACGAGCUGACGCCAAAUACCACAAGCUCGACCAAAAGUCUCAAAGAAACCCCAAAGUCGGAAGGUGAUGCUCCACCUAUUAUUGAUCUAACUCAUUAUGAAGAUGAAAAAGUCGUGACAGUCGACGAGAACGAUGGAGAGAAGGCAAACGAGAUUGACCGACAAAAGGAUGACGAAGAAGUUGAUGAAAAGAUGACAGAAUCUACUCCAUCCUCAAAGGCCAAGAAUACAAGCGACUCAAGCCAGAAGUCAAAACGAAAGAGCAAAAGGGCAAGUAGCACAAAAAGGAAAUCCAAAGUCAAAACCCAAAAGUCGGAGGAAGAAACGGGCAAUCAGGAAACGAGCUCCAAGAAGAGACUUUCCAAGACGAAAAGCGUAUCCAACACUAUUGGAUCCGCCGAUGGUGGAUCUUCGAAACGUACUACAUCCAAAUCGAAAUCUUCCACCAAGCCGCGUGAGGAACCUUCAAAGUUCGAGAAAACACCCCCGACUGUGCCUGCCACACCUACAAAAAAGCAAAAUGGUGUUGUCAGACAAUCAACGUCUACGCCAAACAAGAAAGAUUCAAAUGCCAACGAUUUUCAGAAGCGAAAGGAGGCAAAGGAAAAGAGAGCUGAUGACUUGCGGAACUACUUGGGCACUGUUGGAGACACGCUUAUGGUUGAACCAAGAUCUGAUGAUUCAGUCUCCUACCUUACAAUGCCACCGGCACUCGAAGCCAACGGUGGUGACCAUGACAGCGAUUUGAAUAAACUUCCGAAAUCUCAAGUUCCUCCACAAACUGUGAACCCAAUGAUUAAGAUGGGAGACGACGGAGAGUGCGAACCAGACCGAAGGCUCAGUUAUGAUUUGGAGGCUCUUAUGCGUCACAAAGUACCAACGAAGUCAAGAAAUAGCAAGUGGGAAAAUGUUUCCGUCAUAACCGAUGACGUCGAGACAGUACUUGGGGAGGAUGACAACGCCGAAGUUGUCAACCUGCAAAGCCACGACGACGUCAAACUGGGUGAUGAGAGCGGCAACAUGGAGUUCGCGGAUAUUGAUUUGGAACAAACAUCCAAGGAGGUAGCCACAGCUGUCGAUUGCAAACUUGCGACCAAAACUACUGUUGUGUCGAUUCUGGAGGACCUGCAGUCCCUGAUGAUCAGAAAACCCAUCACGGCAUCUGUGGUUUUUGUUUUUCUGGUUGCAGCCCUAGUAGUCUUGGGAAUGGCGCUUAUGCAAUAG